GUAUUCAAGCUCGCAUGCGGCCUGCUAUCGUCAAGAAGCUACUCGACACCGAGCCCAAUGAUAAGAAGACGAGCCCAAUACCAGGAAUCAAGAACGAGAAGAAGGACCAGACGAAGCUUACACGCAUCAUCAGGUUUAUCCGAGCACAUCCAUCCUCAGUGACGUGCAUGCACCCAGACAGCGGCGAGUUCAGGAUCAUCGGACGUGCAGACUCUAAUUGGGCAGAAGUUCCCAUUGGCAGAAAGUCUACCAGCUGUGUCCAGCUGUUUCUCAACGGGGCUUUGAUCAUGCAGUUCGUCAAGACGCAGGGGGCUCCAGCACUCUCGUCGCCCGAAGCCGAACUCAACGCGCUUGUGCAUGUCGGGAUCGAGGCGAGGGGUGCUCAGACGUACCUCAAGGAGCUCUUGGAUGAUACGAUACCAGUGACGCUGGAGAGCGACAACUCUAGUGCACUCACGAACGUGGAGAAGAAGGGGGUUGGCAGGAUGAGGCACAUCGAGCUGAAGGACCUGUGGAUCAAGGACCUCGCUUCGCGCAAGGCGGAGACCGAGGUCAGCGCCAGCAAGGUCCACACCGACGAGAAGACGGCAAAUCUCGGCACCAAGCAUCUCUCGAGGAUCGAUUUCAUGAAGCGCUUGACGGCUAUGCAGGUGAUGGAGACGAGCUACCAGCCAGUCACGGUCUUAGCCCAGAAGGGCGAUGGACGCCACUUAGGCAACACUGCGGCGGCCCAGAUGAUGAUGCUCACCCUUUUGAGCGUUAUCUUGGCCAGUGCAGUCUUCAAAGUCAAGCAGCACAUGGAUCGCAACCCGCAGCCAGCACGAGAGGACGCCGCAACUCAGUACAGCCUGAAGGAUACAAUGGGGAUAGACACGACCAACAG